AUGAGCAGUCUGGCAGCACUGAAAGCAUUGACUGAGAAGAAAAGAAAGGAAACAGAGUUGGCAAAGGAAAGCAAAGCGGGUGGUGAUGCUGGUGGCGGUGCUCCAACAAAGAAAUACAAGACUAGAGGUGAAAUAGAGAAAGAGGCUCAGAAGAAGAAGGAGGAGGAAAAGUUGGCAAAGCAAAGGGAGUUGGAUGAAAAGAAAAGCAAACAAGAUGAGGAACAGAGGAGACAAAAUGGACAGUCAUCGGGCAAUGGCGAACAAAGCACUGUCACCAGUUUGUCAAACAAAAGUAUCAAUUCGAACUCUUCAGAGUCAAGUGAACCUGAACCAUUCUUGCCAAAGAAUCAAGUCAUACUAAGACUGAGACUGAGAGGACACCCAAUAACAUUCUUUGGUGAGACUGAUUAUAUACGAGCGGAACGACUGCGAUUGCUGGAGGAGAAUGAACCAAUAGAGUAUGGUACUCAGGGCGAAAAUGAGUUUGCUAGAUACAUGAAGCAGAUCGAUAAUGAUCUUAAAAGUGGCGACAAAUCUGAGGAUGCAAAGAAUAAGAAGAAGAAAAGCGAAGUGCCCGAGGAAUCAGAGGAGCAGCUAAAGAUCGAGGCCACCAAGUCAAAGUUUGGUACAAUCUACUACUUCCUCUGGAAGCUGCUCAAGGAGUGGGAGGAAUCAAUUGAAAUGCAGCCAGAUGAGGAAAGGAUGAGUCGACAGGGCAAGGAGAAGUUUGCCACUUUUCUCCAGUGCUCUGCUCACAUCAAGCCACUGUUUGAUCAUCUAAAGGCAAAGACGUUGCCCGCUGAUAUCUUGGAGCACAUCCACAAGAUAGUACAGUUUUGUAAAGAGAGGGAGUACAUCAGAGCUCACGAUCAGUACCUCCAGAUGGCCAUCGGAAAUGCCCCUUGGCCAAUGGGUGUAACAAUGGUUGGUAUCCAUGAGCGUUCAUCAAGAGAGAAGAUUUCCUCCAAUCAAGUAGCUCAUGUACUUAAUGAUGAAACACAAAGGAAAUAUAUACAAGCCGUCAAGAGACUGACUACAUUCUGUCAGAUUAAAUACCCAACCAAUCCUUCCAAAUGCGUUGGCUAA